AUGAAGCUCCUCAGCGUCACCCUGGCCUCGCUGGGCCUCGCCUCCGCCGCCACCGUUGCCAAGAAGGUAAACUACGACGACUGGAAAGUAGUCCGUGUCAAUGUCGGCACAGACGCUGCGAAGCUCGAGAAUGUAAUGAGCAAGUUGCAGCUUGAGCUGUGGAAGGGCAAGCCUGCAUCGAGCGAUGUCGUCGAUGUCAUGGUGCCGCCGUCGUCAGUCAAGGACUUUGAGGCUCAGACUCAGGGUUUCGAAACAAAGGUCAUGCAUGACAAUCUUGGCCUUUCUAUCGCAGACGAGCAGAGUUUUAGCACAUAUGCCGCUGGUCUUGCACCAAACGCGACGUGGUUUGAUUCUUACCACUCUAUUGCCGAUCACAUGCAAUGGAUUACCGAUCUUGUGGCUGCAUACCCCAAGAACGCGGAGGUAAUCUCUGCAGGCAAGUCGGUUGAGGGACGUGAUAUCAAGGGUAUUCAUAUCUGGGGUAGUGGCGGUAAGGGGUCACAGAAGGGUGUAGUAUGGCACGGCACUGUGCACGCACGUGAAUGGAUCACUACAAUGGUCGUCGAGUACGCAGCAUACCAGCUCCUUACCUCCACCGAUGCCACGACCGCCGGCUUCAAAAACUCAUACGACUUCUACAUCUUCCCCAUCGUCAACCCUGAUGGUUUCGCCUACAGCCAAACCACCGACCGCAUGUGGCGCAAGAACCGCCAGACCACUCCCAGCGCCUCGUGCGUAGGCCGGGACAUCAACCGCAACUGGCCCUCCCACUGGAACCAAGCCAAUGGCGCUUCCACCUCGCCCUGCGACCAAGACUACAAGGGCCCCUCCGCCGGCGACGGCGUAGAAACCAAAGCCCUGAAAGCACACCUCGACAGCAUCGCCGCCGGCAAAGGCAUAACCCUCUACAUGGAUAUCCACGCCUACAGCCAACUCUGGAUGUACCCUUACGGCUACACUUGCUCCGGUGCUCUCCCCAGCGCCGCAAAGUACUCUUCGCUAACCAACGGUGCCAUUGCCGCCGUUAAAGCAGUACAUGGCACCGCCUUUACCGGCGGCCCCAUUUGCAACACCAUCUACCAGGUUAGUGGCGAUAGCGUGGAUUAUGCGUUUGAAGUUGCAAAGGCUACGUAUAGUAUGACGGUUGAGUUGAGGGAUACGGGUAAGUAUGGCUUUGUCCUGCCCAAGGAGCAGAUUGUGCCUAGUGCCGAGGAGAUGUGGGCUGGGUUGAGGUAUUUGGUUAAGAAUAUGUAA